CAAAAUUGUUGAUUCUUACAACUAAUAUUGUUGAUAAUAUUGAUUUGCAGAUCAGUAGGAAAUAUCCAUGUAUAGGAAGACAAUUGUGGCCGUUGGCUCCAUAAAAACAUUACUGAGUUUUACAAAAGAAAGAAGUUAGGAAGAAAGGUCCAGUUCUUUAAGAAAUAUCCUGACAUUUCGCUUAUUUUUCUUAUGUGGCAAAAUGUUUAUUAUUGAUACUUUUCACCUUUAUUUAUUAUUGAUAAUUCAGUUCAUUUGUAAGCUGUAUUUUCUUAUUGUUGAUCUAUAUUCUUUUGGUCAAACUUUGACACAGACAGACCUAUCACCUUUAAAGACAAAUAGAUUGUCCCAAUUCCAUCUUUGUUAAAUAUUUAUGACGAUUCUAUUUAUUCAUAUUUAAUUAUCCCUAAACAUAUUAAACAGAACGUAAUAACAGGCGAAAUAGACAUAUGCCGGUCAUUUGGCUACUGUAACAAGAUGAUAUAGCAAAAAGAUAGUCAAUAAAAAUAAUUUAAUUAAUAAAUUAAAAUGCAACAUGGAUUGAACACGAUGUUUUUUUUCUGCAUUAGAGCUGUGUCCAAUAUUGACUUUAACUUUCCGACAGGCUCCUAACAGGUCAGGACCUGCGCUACAGAAAGUGAUUUCUGAUUAACUCCCUUGUUACUUACCCAUUAAUCACAGCGCAGUUGUGCAGCUCGUAAUCUCCUUAACUAAUAUUAUUGUCAGGGCUUCUUAUCAAAGGGAUCUCUAAUAUACAAAACAACAACAACAAUCAGUGGGCUUUUACAGUUUUCACACCUCGGCCACUACAAAGACCAAUUGGUUUCGAUACACAACGACCGUGUCACAUUAAAGUCUUUGAGCGCUCCCGUGGAUCACACACGCCCUUCGGCCAUCUGCGGCUUGACAGAUCUCGUCAAAGGACGCCAGGAGGGAGGUAAUUAUAAAUCCCAGUCUCAGCAUCUCACCUGGAGCAUUUGGAAUCUACCUGUGGAAGAGACAACUCCACACCUGGGAAUUAUGGCAGUGGAUUUCUCUCUUGCGUUUCUUCUUCUUCUUCUUCUGGUGGACUUGCUUCUGGGUCUCGCCGCGCAGCCCUUUCCUGGGAUGCACCCUGACGCACUGCUCCGUGGGAUGAACGGCGGCUCCAGACGCACCGUGCAUCGGCAACAGGCCAGCAGGCUGCCCCUCUACAUGAUGCAGCUCUACCGGACCAUGCUGACCGAGGACCGGGCUAGGACUCCGGCUGCCAGCGUGAGCCACAGCGGGACCGAGGACAACCCCGGUCUGCACGACUCCGACUCUGUGGUCAGCCUUGUCGCUAAGAGCUGCCAGCAGAUUGGCAAGAGGUGGUCCGUCACAUUUGACAUGUCCUCCAUGUCUGCAAGCGACAACGUCCAACUGGCUGAACUUCGCAUCCGCCUGCCUGCCUUCACAGAGUCUUCCCGAGCCUCAGUGGACAUCUACCUCUCUCACAGGGACCGGUGCUUUGGCAUGCACUGCCCAGAGAACAGGCUGUUCCUGGGCCGCCUGAGAGCUCAUCCCAGUUCGAUGGUCUCCCCCUCCUCCUGGAAGGUGUUCAACAUAACGGAGAUGCUCAGCCGCUGGCUGCAGCAGGAGCACUCCACGCAGAGGACGGAGGAGGAUGAGGCUGAGGUGAAGGAGGAAGAGCAGGAGCAGGAGGGAGUCCAGCACCCUACAGCUGACCGAGUCAUGAUGGUGGUCUUCUCGAGGCAGACCCCAAACGACCAGAGAAUGCCAACACUCAUCCGCACAGCAGAGCAGUCCAAGUACGUCAGCCUGGACAGGGAGCGAGUGAUGGCUGGCUCUGGUUCCAAGACGAGGAGCCGCAGGGCCAAGAGACACCACCAGACCCAGCAGCAGAGACAGAGAGUGGCUGGAGCUGCUCCUGCCAGCAAGCCCACAGAGGAGGAGAAGAAGGGUACUCUCUGCAGGAAGGUGGACAUGUGGGUGGACUUUGAGAAGCUCGGGUGGAGCGAAUGGAUUGUCUAUCCCAAACGGUACAACGCCUAUCGCUGUGAGGGGAGCUGUCCUACACCAGUAGAUGAGACCUUCACCCCAACCAACCACGCAUACAUGCAGAGCCUGCUGAAACUUCACCACCCAGACAAGGUGCCAUGUGUGUCCUGUGUGCCAACACGCCUGGCACCGCUUUCCAUGUUGUACUACGAGAACGAGGAGAUGGUCAUGAGGCAUCAUGAGAACAUGGUGGUGGAGGAGUGCGGCUGCCACUGAGCAAAAGAUCUGAAAACCUUUUGGUUAAAGGCCAAGUAGACUGGAGCCACAGGCCCCGAAGAGUCUACAGCAACAUAACUGAGCUACUCAGGGGCACAAAGUGGAUGGAUGUCCACAGGCACUUUACAGACAUGUCCGAUUUGACACUGGGACACAGGCUGCUGCUGCGAUGCAAAUUGUUGGUACUAUUUGUAGAUUAGGUGACCUAAGUUGUGUCUUUGAUUGCAAGUGAAUGAGCUGCAAUUCAAGUUUAUAAGGAUUGAUUAUGGUAAGGGAUCGAUUCAAUCAGGAUGAAACAAGGUCAAGACAAAAGCACAAUAUGGUCACUGACUGAAGCACUAUAUAAGAUUCACAAAGUACACAAGAGUCUUAUGUACAAACUGUUCUUUUUAUGCUUGAAUACUGAAUUUUUUUAAUGCCGUUGAAAUGACGAAAGUAGAUGUCAGAAUGGUGUAAGCGCUUUAACUUUAUUGAGAUGUUUGGGUCACAUUGACCUAUUUGUAUGUUUGCUAUGUAGCUAAUACAAUAAAUUAUUUCUUUUCUUGAACAAAGUGUUUGAUGGUUUUUAUUACAGUAUUUAUACAAGAGUUUAAAUUAAGCUGCUCAUUUCCUUGAACUUUUUAAGGUUAAAAAAAGAUUUGUGUCAUUACCUAGGCAAUGUUAAUGCCAGCCGCUUCCACGAGCUUUUCUACCGGACCUUCAAACAGGCACCGGAACAGUCUGCUCCAGUUCCCCUCAACUCUACAGGGUGUUUUAGCAUCUUUCAGCUCACUGUUUCGGUUUUACGACCCCUAACUUUACUGUUACAGUUCACUCACUUUGGCUUCCAGCAAAAAAGCUUUAAAAACCCACAACACUAAGCUACCUACCCACCGCCAAACAGCAGACUGACAAAGUUAGCUAGCUGGUGAACAUAGUGGAGCAUAUAGCAGCUAAACAGCCAGAUAUUUUUCACAGGAGUUUGUUAAGACCAAAACAGAGUUAUAAAGAUAGUGAAUAUUGGACUUACAUUCAUCAGAUGGCCAGAAAAAUGACUCCAAAUGAAUGCUAAACUUGCUCUGCAUCUGAUGGAUGUGUAUGUAAGCAACUGUUUGCUGUCAAAUUCGCCAUAUCGACUUAAAAGGUGUUAACAUGUCAGUGUUGUGUUUACAGUUUGUUUCUGCUGCCCCCAAGUGGCACAAUCAACUAUUGCAGAUGUAUAAACAUCAGAUUUCCCAAAAUAUUGGCAGUUCUAAGACUGUUCCUUUACACAAUAUAGCUCAAUAAUUUCAGUAUUUUUUUUAUUUGUACAACACUGAAUAUUUUAAAGAUGUGUUUAAAGUCAUCAAAUGAGUCAAGUCACAUCAAAUAUUUAUUAAUGGUUUAAUUUUAAAAAGACUUUGACUUACUUGUCAAAUAUGUCAAGUCAUACAAAGUCAAGUGCCAUCAAAGUAAAGAAACAAUUUUAUGCAUCAGUUAGUGUUGUUUCAUAAGAGUACAACAUUUUAACACAUAUUAAGCAUUACAAAAAUAGCAAAA